AUGUCCAUUCGCAUUUCUCGGAAUAGGGAGGACGAAGUCUCCUCGGAUUCUCAAUCAAGCAAAUAUGCAUCGCGCAGCAGUUGGUCUGGAAACUUCUCUUCGACCGCCGAAGUCAACGUCGACAACCCAAGAGGCCCCCUUGGCCUCAAUCUUCUUCACUCGCCACCGGAGCCUCAGAUCGAAUCUAUCUUCGUACAUGGCCUUGGUGGCGGGUCCCGGAAAACAUGGAGCAAAACAACCUCCGGCUACCACUACUGGCCACAGGAGUGGCUUCCCAAGGAUCCCGCCUUCAGCCAUGUCCGAGUACAUAGUUUCGGAUACAACUCAGAUUGGUCCAAGGGGAAGGACAAUUGUCUGGACAUAUACCAUUUCGCAAAGUCACUCUUGGGCGAACUGAGCACCUCCCCGCAUCUCAGCCAUACAGACACACCGAUAGUGUUCUUGGGACAUAGCAUGGGUGGCUUGGUCAUUAAGAAAGCUUAUCUACUAGCGAGCCAAGAUGCCUUCUUUGAAGGGCUUGUGAAACGCUUUCAUGCAAUCUAUUUCUUCGCCACACCACAUAGAGGGUCUGACUCGGCCAAGCUACUUGAGAAUAUCUUACAAAUAACGUAUUCAUCACGUGCAUACGUCUCUGAUCUCAAGCGCGGUUCUAGUACGCUACAAUCAAUCAAUGAGGAGUUUCGAAAACAUUCCGGCAAGAUGGAACUGUGGUCGUUUUAUGAGACACAAAAACUCACCAUUGGACUAUUCAGCAUACUUAUUGUGGAUCCAAACUCGGCUACGCUCGGAUAUCGUGAGGAGCAACAGAUCCCAUUAGGAGCCGAUCAUCGCUCAAUUUGCAAGUUUGAUGCGCUCACGGAUCCUAACUAUGUCACCGUUCGGAAUGCUUUAGCCUUGACCGUGAGCCGAAUAUUGCAGUCAGUGGUCACGUCAAAGGCCCGGCAGGCAAGAAGUCAAUUACGGCAGCUGGAGGCAUAUCUAGGUGUCCAUGACAAUGUCGAAGAUGACCUUAUUCUUCUCGAAGACGCCCGUAUGGAUGGUACCUGUCAGUGGCUUGGAUCAAAAUCGAGUUUCCUUACAUGGAAAAGCUUUGAAAGUAACGGCCCAAGCAUCUUAUGGGUCAAUGGAAAACCAGCCACGGGGAAAUCUGUCCUUGCCGGAUAUGUCGUCAACCAGCUACGCACGACCAAGGCUAGCUGCAGCUUCUAUUUCUUUAAAUAUGGGGAUAAGUCCAAAUCCCGAGUUAGUGGUUGUCUGCGGUCGUUGGCUCUGCAGAUGGCUCGUGCAAAUGUCGCUGUCAGGGAAAUCCUUCUCGAGAUGCAAAGCCAAGGAACCAAGCUUGAUAGCGAUGACGAGCGGGUGUUGUGGAGAAAGCUAUUCCAGCCCGGGAUCCUUCGAGCUAAUUCUAAGGGUCAUUAUUGGGUAAUUGACGCACUUGAUGAGUGUUCCUCUUUGUCUUUCUUCUUUGAGGCAAUGCUCACCAAGAUCGAUGAUUCGACUCCACUGCGGAUACUAAUAACUAGUAGGGAGACCCCGGAGAUAGGACAAUACUUUUCCUCGCUUGGGGCGCACAGGGUUGUGUCAGAGGAAGUCUCAACAUCUGACACCCUCCCGGAUAUAAAGCUGCUUGUCGAAGCCAAAGCAGGGUCCUUGCUUGUUGGUGGAGACAAAGACCGGGAGGACCUAGUGACUAAGGUUCUGGACAAGUCUCAAGGAUCAUUUUUGUGGACUACCUUGGUGCUUAAAGAACUGUCAAAAUCGUACAGUGAGCAGGAGAUGAGCCGGGUUUUACAGGACGUGCCGCGGGAUAUGGAACGAUUAUAUAUGAGGUCGCUCGAUUCAAUGUCACAAGCUUCACGGGGAAAGGCUUUGAGCAAGGCCAUCCUUACCUGGACUACGUGCGUGACUAGGCCGCUCAGAACUACCGAACUGCAAUUAGCCUUGAAGCUGGAUGUCAAUGAUCAUUUCCCCAAGUUAGAAGAGAGUGUACUAUCUCUCUGUGGCCAAUUUGUCACCGUCGAUAAGUUUGGAAAGGUACAGAUGGCUCAUGAAACAGCCAGAGAGUUUCUCCUAAAUGAAGACCUGGAGUCCGAAUAUGCCAUCAGGAAAGAAGAAGCCCAUACUCGCAUUGCUCGAACUUGCCUUGCAUAUCUCACUGGGGAUGAUCUGAGGCCCCCUCGGACUGGUCGACGAGGUGCUGCCGCCUCUUCUCCAAUCAAGAGGUCGGAAUUUUCUCUAUACGCCUGCACUGAGUUCUCAUAUCACUUGUCAAAGUCAAGUCCACGUGCAACCGACGUCUUCCACCUACUUGUCAAGUUCUUGAAGGCGAAUGUUUUGUCGUGGAUAGAGAUAAUAGCGCAGACAGGGAACCUUAAUUUCCUCAUCCGCGCGGCAAAAUAUCUCCGAAGCUAUCUCAAAAUCUGUACAACUGAACUUUCGCCUAUUGGUGGUGAUAUGCAGGUGAUCAGAGGGUGGACAAUGGAUCUCAUACGAGUUGCUGCCAAAUUUGCUGACGCUCUUUUGAUUUCACCUGCAGCCAUUCACUCACUCGUUGUACCCUUCUGUCCCAAGGAAUCGACGGUUUACAGGGCUGUCAAUCCUGGUAAAAGACUUUCAGUGAUGGGUCUCUCUAGUGUCCAGUGGGAUGAUCGAUUAGCGUGUAUUGAGUUCCGCCAGGCUCAAACAACUGCCAUCUGCUACGGCGAGACUAUGUUUGCAAUUGGUUUGAGUUCCGGCAAAGUCACACUUUACCAUGCUACCACAUGCCAAGAAAAUAAAACACUCGACCAUGGUGAAGCAGUGAAGUACUUACAGAUUUCAAGCAAACGAGGGUUGGUUGCUGCAUGUGGCCUGAAGAGAAUCAACGUAUGGGAGAUCCUUAGUGGCCGGCUCAUUUCCACUAAUACGGCCCCACAACGGCCUCUGACCAUGAUAAUCGAUGAUGAUCGACUUGUCGUUGCAUCGGCUAAGAAUUACUUGGCGUCGUGGGGACUCGACGGCGACGGAUUCCAGCAUCCCCAUCGGCUAUGGAACGAUUCGGACAACAUGGACGUUCAGACACAUCGAGUCCCGUCUGCCGUAUCGAUAUCUGUUGGUCACCAAAUGAUGGCGAUUGCCUACAGCGGGCGACCCAUCACUCUCUGGGACCUCCAGGAGGACGCUUACUAUGGGAGCUGUGGAAAGAAACUCGCCAAUGGUGAAACUAGCAAGCACAUGGUCACUGCUCUAAUUUUCAACCCCAACCCUUCAAUCGAACGCCUUGUGGCUUCGUAUCUCGACGGAGAGCUUGCCCUCGUGGAUCCGUUUCAGGAUGAGGUUCUGGCGACCAUCCAUGCGAAUUGCCAUACGCUAGCAGCUAGUCCCGAUGGGCACCUUCUCGCCGGGGCUGUCGGAUCUGGAACAAUUCAAAUAUUCGAAUUCGACACAUUGACCCUGCUCUAUCGAGUUGAAUCAACCAAAAUUUACAUCAAACAAUUGGCGUUCAGCCUUGAUAGUCUGCGACUGGCAGACAUUAGGGGCUCAGAAUGUAACAUUUGGGAGCCCGCUAUCCUUUUGCGUGACUCUGGCGGGGAUGACAGCAGCCAAAAUACGUCCAAUACUCUAGUGGAGACAGUCGCCAUUGAUACCAAGAUCAAAAUCAGUGCACUUACUAUGGACCUCCAGGAAGAUGCUGUAUUUUGCAGUAAGAACGAUGGGUCAGUAUGCCUCUACAAUAUGAGAACAGGCAACGAGAUACGCAAGCUCUAUCACCAUAACUCAUGUGUUCACGCCCUCAACUGGCUACCAAAGACGAAGCUCCUUCUGAGUAUUGACGUGUCGAACAGAAUAUCCGGGCGGAGAAUCGCAAAAUCAAGGAUUGAGGGUUGGCUUCCAGGCGAAGUACUCUUUCAAUCACGUCUUGACUGCGGACAUGCGAUUACCCAGGUACUGGCUAGUGAUGUCGCAGGAAAGUUCAUUUUGUCCACUCGGGAAACAGAUCAUUUAUGGAGUAUUAGCGGCCAGGAACUAGAAAUGCGAAAAUAUUCGUCGAGACCCGGCAUCCGCAAGUGGCUGCAACAUCACGACUCGGAAGAACAUGUGAUAUGCUUUGAAGGCGCGACCGCUCGUAUCUAUACUUGGAGUGACUGGGCGGAAGUAGCAAUAGUCGACGUCCAUAUUGAUUUGGAUGGUCUACAGAUCAAGAAUGCCUUUCCUUGUACAUCCGCAAGCAAACAACGCAUUCUUCUCGAGUUAUCGGAGUUAGAUGGCCCAGCUAAGACAUGCAGGCUCUACCUGCUCGAUACGAAGGCGUUUGCUGUUUACAACGAAGGAGAUAAGCCAGAUAGUCCCAGCGAGAUAUGCGCAGGACAGGAAGAUACGCUACUGCGGAACAAGCUAGUCCAUACUGACCGAACAUCGAGCCAAUGCCUUAUCAACAGAUUAACCACCCUGAGCAGGUACAUCACACAUUGUAUCGGUGUUACCGCAUCCUCCAAAAUUGUGUUUCUGGAUACCCACUCCUGGGUCUGUACUGCUGACCUGGACAAACCGGAUGACAGCAAAGAGCUAUACUUUCGCCAUUUCUUUGUGCCAUAUGAUUGGUUUUCGGGGUCAAGGCACGUAAUCUCGACCGUUGCUAGGCGAGAUGUCUUAAUGGCAUGCAAGUCAGACCUUGCUGUUAUCAAAGGAGGAUUGGAAUACACGCUACCGGUGAAUCCUCCAAGACCUACAAAUGAAGGUUGA